AUCGAUGUUGACAGAGGUUCACGGCUUUGGUCUCGAUUCGAUAUGUGAGCGGUCUCGAUUCGAUAUGUGAGCGGUGGCUUCGAUAUGUGAGCGGUCUCGAUUCGGUAUGUGAGCGGCUCGAUUCGGUCUCUGAUCAGAGAUUGCCUCGACAGAGAGAUAACGGGAACACAGGAGAGAGCCAAGGGAGAAAAGAGAAGAAAGAAGAGAGAAUGGAGUUGAUUUGUUUUGCUCCCUCUCACGCGUCUUUCUUUCGGUCUCGCCGACGUGACACGUGCCUCCAGAAAGUGAAUAAAAACGUUUCUUAAUUAACAAACAAAAUCUGCGUUUAUAACCAUUUUUGAUUUAAAUUCACCCUUUUAAUUCUUAAGAAAUCUCGCUAUAUACAGCGAUGCUGUUGCUCUAAGCUCUUCCAACAGGUAGCUUCUUUUUUUAUGCUCACUUCACAUAUCCACCAUAUUCUCACUUCAUAAUCUUUGCAUGAUCUUAGUUUUGUUUUAUGAUUCUUGCAGCCCGGGAUGGAUGUAGAAAUACAUUAUGUAUGAGACAUAUAAUCCUUAACCCAAAACGCCGACUGCAAUUAUCCUCCACCGCCUCGCCAAAGUCCCAGAGAAAGCUGAAAAACCGCCGGAGUGGCAUCUCCUACGCAGCGAGCACUCACUGGAGCCAAACCCUAGCCCAAAACCUUGGGCAUAUAUCGAAGGGGAGCAUGACGGACGGAAGGCAGCAAAAUGAGGAAGCUUAACCUGAGACGAGAACCUCCUGCGUCAGCACCCGUACGUGCAUGCACCGCUAGACGCCAGGGAAAACUCAAAAUACGUUUGUUUCUUUGCCCGAGAGGGAGAAAGUUAAUAGCUGAUUGAUCCAAUUUACCUGCACACACCUUGCCACAAACUACGUUGUACGUGUGUCCGUCCCUGCUUGCAGCUGAAAUUCUCAAUAAAACCGGCUGAUUUGGAAAAAGAAAAGAGAAAGUUUGAUCGAUCGAGAUUACCUGUACGGAGACAAGAGUAAUACUCAGAUAUGUAAUACAAUUUUCUUGCUUUCUAAGCAUUCUUAACCCAUUUUUUUCUAACAUUUACUCUGUAUAUAUAUUUAAACGAAUUACACAAUGAGGAAUUUUCUUCCACAAUCCUCAAAAAGAAGAAGAUUAAAUUUUUUUUGAGAGUCUGAUCUUCUGUUCUCCCGCCAUUUUUUUAUUUUAUUUUGUUGUUCUUGAUUGGACUGGCCGAAGUAUGUUCGGUUUUUUUUCUUUAACAACUUCAUUGGAGUGAAAAUGAAACAAUACUUCACUGAUAACUACAAAAUUCACAACUUAAAAAAAAUACUUCACAAAGCCGGAAUUCGUGUUGAAGUGGUUUAUGCUAGUUUUGUCUUCCGUGUCAUAAUUUACGUGUAUAUAUAUGUUCUAGGGGAUAAAACGUAAGACUACUACUCCAUAAGAGUUAAUUGCGUAGCCUAAAUUUUCACUGAAUUCAAAUUUCAGUUUAUGAUGAGUAACGAAUCAUAAAACAAAAAGAUAAUAAAAUAAUCCACAAGAAUGGUAUAGAAACAUUUUAUAUAGUUUUCUAUUCAUUAAAAAGACUAUGAAAAUACAAUCAUUGGCGAUAUUAAAUUCUUGCAAUAUAAAUGUCGUCCAAAAAGUUCUUGCAAUAUAAAUUUAUAACUAAGAAAUCGCCAAUGAUUCAUUUUUUUUUAACUUAUUGCAAUAAAAAUUAAUCUACAUACCAAAAGUGCAAAAAAAAAAUAGUUUACAUCUUUUAAAAAAAAAACUAAACAAGUCAUUCAUAGAAAAGUAUAUCUAAUAACAUAAAGUUCACAAUGUAGGCCUCUCAAACUACAAAGCUUAAUUUAUUUGCGUGAAGGCACACACAAAAUCCCAUGAUAUGAUACUCGAUUUGGAACUUUAGUUUUUAAGUCAAUGAUGGUGGUUUUUAGCCAAACUUUUGAGUUCUAAGAUAGAAUGUUUAUUGUCAUAAUUCACUUGUAAGACGACCAUACUUUAAUUUUCAUUCUUAAAAUAGAGAUAAUCUGAUUAAUUUUCGUUCAUUGGCGAAACUUCUUUCAGUAAGCAUUUAGUUGAUACGAAAGAAACACGACUUAGAUAUUCAAACUCUCUGUAUGUACCACAAAAACCUAUCAAAUUCAUUGUACCUGUUCUUUUCAUAAAUAGCCUUUCCUUGCUUUCACUGAAAUCAGAAAAUAAAGAAUAUGAGAACGAUAUGACGAGUUAAACACCGAAGAACAACGUGCGUUUAAAAUAUUAGUUAGUAUAUUUUCAUUUGUUAGAUGUAUAUGUUAUUUAAAUUAUAUAUCGAAUAUAUUUAACGUAAAUUUUAUAAAUAUUUAGAUAUCACAUUUUAAUUAAAGAGAAAAAAUUGGAAAACAUAAAAUAUAUGCAUGCAUGCAUACAAAUUAUAUAUACUUUUUCAAAUUAUAUGUUUUCUUCAAAUCCUAUACAUAUACAAACUAGUGUUUGACUGAGUAUAGGUCCAUAUAGUUAUAAAAUAUUAAAGGAGUAUGUGCAAUAUUAUUUUCUAGAUUUUUUUCAAAGAAAAAAAUUAUUUUCUUGAAGCAUUUGACUUUCAUUCCGACAAAGUCUAACUCAUCCAUUUUUCAUAAAUACCAAAUAAAAAGAGCCGAUUAUUUAUUCAUUGAUAUUAUACGAUUAUAGGAGAGGAUAUUUUUCAAUAGAUACUACUUUAGAAAAUUAUUUCGGAUUUACGUAUUUGUUUACGACUGAAGUUUGGAAUAGUCUGGAAUUAAAGUAGUGCGUCAAACUUUAGAAGUUUUCAAUUUAGCCAAUCUAAAAUAUACAGUUGCCAAUAUGAAUUAUAUAUAUCUUUUUUUGUUGUUGAUAUAUCUUGACAAAUCACACUUUCGCAGUAGCGUAGAGUCUUCAUUUGAACUUGGAUUUCCGGAUCCAUUGAGUUUAAGCUAUUCUCUUUGUUUCAAUAUAAAUGGUGUUUAAGGUUUUUACACAUAAAUUAAUAAAAUACAAACUUUUAUACAAUUUAUCUUGUUUAUAUAAAAAUAUCAUUAAAUGAAAUUAGUUCAACCAAUAAAAAAUAUUAUUUUGUAACUAGUCACAAAAUUCAGUUGAUAUUAAAUUAUAUCUAGAAUAGUGAGAACAUCAAUUAUUUUGUAACAACAAAUAUUUCUUUGAACACCAACAUUGUUUAUUAAUUCUUUGGAUUUAUUGUAUUCUGAUUUUUACGCCAACAUUGUUCUCAUUUGUGCUUUAAUUCGUUUUUUAUAUCUGUCUAAACAAAAUUUUGCUAUUAUAUAUUCUCUCUUUUUAAAAUAAGUGGCAUUUAAGAUUUUUGCACAAUGAUUAAAAUAAUAUAAAACUUUAUACAAUUUGUUUUGGUUACAUAAAAGUAUGAUUUAAAAAAAUAGUUCAAUCAAAAAAAAAUCUCUAUUUCAUUUUAAUUAUUGUUUUAUAUUUAUGCACACAAAUUCAGAAAAAAAUAAUUCUGCAUAUUUUCAAAAUAAAAACAUACUUAUACACCUAAUCAUAUUUUAACCAAUAGAAAAAUAAACUAGAGAAUAUUCUUCAUAAAUUUUGCAUUAAAAUUUAUAAACGACACUUAUUACGAAAAUUUUACUCUACAACAACAAUCAAACUAAAAUGGAAAGAGUCAUAGUUUGUAGUUAGUCACAAGUUUAAAAUACAUUAAAUUUUAUCUAGGACAACAAGAACAUCAUCUAUUUUGCCACAAAAAUACUUUCUUUAAACGCCAUUUAUAAAAUAUAACUUAAUUUCAUAGUGGUAGUCUUAAUUAAAGUUGUUUGAACAUAAGAAUGUUUAAGUACUAUAUAUUUUUCAUUUAGGAACACACGAACACUUUCUCCCCAUAUAUAGGCAGUUGGAGCAUCUGCAGUGUAAAUUUCUGGCAGAUUAUUUUAAUAUUAAAAGUAUAAAAUAUAAAAGAAAAAAAGAGAUAUGGAAAAAGAAGAGAGAAGUUAAGAACGGGUUUGAAAAGAAAAAAAUCUCCUAUUUUUUGAGAGACUAAAUCAACAUAUGUCAAGUUUCAAUUUAUUUACUUAUAUUUAUGAAUAUUAACUAAUGAAUAAAAAUUAAUAUUAAAUUGGUGAAAAUUUCUUGAAGAGCUGCACCACUAAUGAUGUUCUUAGUUUUGACAGUCUUAUCAUGGUAUUCGUUAAUUAUUAUCUUAUAUUUGUGCGCAUAUAUAAAUGCAGAUAUACCUACCAAUGUGUAGAUAUAUGCGUGUAUAAUGUGUCUUAGUAUCUUAUUACAACCAUACGACAUUUUGUCAUGGAAUUGUAAUAAUAACUUUUCUCCCUAAAACUUUAUUAGAGAUUUAGUUAUUUUAACAUAUUAUUUUUCUUUGUAUUGUUUCAACCACACAAGUCGGGUACUUUAGUCAACAAGAUCUCCACUAUUCUUACGACAAUUUGACAUAAUGAUAACUGGAAAAAGCAAUGUUCAAAACUAAAAAUUGCAAAUAACAUUUUGAUCAAAAAGGAUGUGAUCUUUUGCAGAUGGUUUGUAAGAUCUUCACUUGCAAAUGUGUUUGAAAAUGAAUUGUCCGUCGUGGAUCCAUAUCUCUGAUGAUUGGAUUAAUCACUUAAAUAUAAGAGAAACAAAUAAAUCUGAUGUACGUGUACCCAUAGAAAUAUAGAAUUGAAUCAUUUAUCUGGUGUAAUAACAACUAUAGCAUUUAAAAUUUUGUAAUGGAAUUCACAUUGUCAUUUUGAGUAGGGAUAACUCUGCGUAUAUUUCAAGCGAUAGACUAAUGGAUUUAAUAUGACGAAUGACUAUACUGACUAAAUGCAACCUAACUAAAUCAAGAAUAUGGAUCCCCAGUUCUCAUCAUUUAGUUAUACUAUAUUUUUCAGGGUCCCUACAAGUAUGGAAAAGUUUUCUUUUUUGACGAGGUCGGUGGAUAUUUCAAGCCAUCAAUUCUCAAGUGUCUUUCGUCUUUGUUGAAUAUAUAUGUGAUGUUUUGUUUUUGUACAAAUAUGUUAUACUCUUAAUGGUCUAAAGAGUGUAUUUCAUUUGUGGAAUUUGAAAGGGUAGACAAUUUUAUCUUUGGAUAGAAAAAAAUUAUUGGCCCUUAAGAAAAAAUGAUGCGAUGCAAUGCUAAAAAAAAAUUAUGCAAUGCUGUUUUCUUAAGAAAAUACUAAAACUAUUUAAAAAAAAUAAAAUAAGUUGGCUAACAAAUUUAUUUUCUGUGACCAAAAAGUCGUUGGUUCAAAACGUUGGAAAGAUAAUCAGAAAUUAUGUUUUCAAAAAUUGUGUUAUCUAUUUCAAUGGUUGUAAUGGCUGUCUCUUGUUAAUCAACAAUGAACUUAUACUCUCUCUUUUUUUAUUAUAAAUGUUAUUUAAAGUUUUUACACACAAAUUAAAAAUAUGAUUAAAAAAUGUACCCCUAUUUACAUUAUUUUGUUUGAUUUUGUAAAUUUAAAGUAAAGAUAAAAUUAGAAAAAUAUUUAAUAUUCUUUUUGAAAAUGUAAAAUGAAAACAAAAAUUUUAAAGCUAAAACGAUACUUAAUAUGAAAUUGAGAAAGUAUAUUUCAACGAUUGGCUUUUGUUAAUCCACACUGAAAUGAUAUAUUUCAAUGAACUGAUCUUUUAGAUCGAAAACUUAGAGCAUCAACAUAGCAGUUUCUAGCGUGGAGAUGCUUAAAAAAGUAAUGAUGGUGGCUCCAGCAAACAGAUAAAAUCGGUCACAGAAAUAGCCAAAGAAGGAUCGGUGUUUUGCUGUUUCUGGUACUGUUUGCGGAUUCCACUGACACGUGGCGUCGCGCAAUUGGUUACCUUUUUAAAUUUUUUUUUUUAAUCAGUGAAAUUUUUUUUAGAAAACCUAAAAAAAACUAUUAGCAAUCAAAAGGACUUACUUUCUAGGACAAUGGUCUUUGAAUUUGUGCCAGUGUGAAUGAGUUUGCCACUGAUGUAACAGAAUGGUCAUGAUCAAAGGUUGAUAAUGGCUAGGAUAGUCAAACCAUAACAAGCACAUAUUUAUUAUGGGAUUUGCUUAUAUCUUACCUGCCUUAAUUCUAUUAUUAACCACUCUCCAAUUUGUUUUUGAUCUUACCAAUCAAAAUGCUUUCUACUCAUCUUUAUCUCAAUAGGUAGAUAAUAAAGUCUAAAAAUUGACAGGUUAAAAUAACCUUAUUUCUCUUGGCCUAACUAAAUUCAUUAUUUAAUUCAUAUAACUUACCACCUCAACGUUUUUAAAAUACUUGUUUAUUUAAGAUUUAGGACACGUAUUAACAACAUUGGAUCUAGCUAGCAGCAUUCAUAAACUUUGUACGACUAGCUAGCAAUUAUCUUGUUUCUGCCUACUUUGACUCACUUUUGUUGCAUUUAUCUAGUCAAAAUCUGAUGAUGCUCUAGAGUUUUAUGACAUAAUGCAAGGUUUUCACUAAGACUUAGAGACGACAUUCAUGAAUGUAGAUUAGUUCUAUAUUUUCACUUAUUUAAGAAAAGCAACAUAGUAUAUUAGCAAAUAUGAAUGCAUGAUCGUCUCAUCACAUGAAAAAUAUUAGAGUAAACGUUAGAAAAAUAAAUAUUAAAAAUACCAUAAAAUGAGAACUUGCAAGAUUAACCGAUUUAGGCAUAAUUUUCAAAAAUGACUAUCACUCUUAAUUUUUUUAGGUCUAGAAAAUCACUUUAUACAUACAGAUUUAUCAGUUUUGACCUAUAAAAGUGAGCAAGUUUGAAUUAAAAUAAAUGUUUUUUUUAAAUAAUAAACGACAAUGUUGAUUAAAAUAACAAGAUGAUGAGCUUCCUUAUUUUUCCUAAUCGUGAAUUUUUUUGAAAACCUAUAUUUUUAUAAGAUUUUUGGUUUGAUGGUAAUGAUAUACUAGAAAGUCCUAUAUUAUGUUUUUAUGUUUUGCUAAAUAAUUCCUACUAGAUCUUGAACCGCGCGACCACGUGAGUAUUUAAUUUGUGUUCAUAUUUAGUGAUAUAUUUGUUAAUGUAGUGAUAUUUGUAAAUGUAAAUGAUAUAUUUGUACUGGAUUUUAUAUUUUAGCAUUUUAGAGUAAAAUGUAUCACCGAUAUUGGGUAUUAUAUAAAAAAAAUAUAACAUUUAUAUAAUUAGAUCCAUGUCUAAGAUAUAUAUCGAACACAUUUUUUAAAUAAAAAAUACGAAAAUAGAUAAUUGUGAAUUAGUAUGCUAUUUAUAAAUGAUAUGUUAGCUAUAAUAUUUGUAAGUAAAUAAAAUGAUUGUUAAACUUCUAUCAAAUUUGGAACAUAUGAAAAUUUAGAUUUAAAUUUGUAAGAAAAUAAAAUGAAAAUAUAAAUUUGAUGUAACUGAUAAGAAAUUAUAAAUGGGCAUAAUUUUGUGUACAUUUAAACCAUGACUUUGCGGAUGUUUGCUUUUACUUUUGUAAAUAAUUUUUUUUGCCUAAGGUGAUAGUAUAUAUUUUAAAACUUUACAUGUGUUAAAUAAUUAUUUAAUAACAUUUAUAAGCAUGAUAAUUUUAUAGUUUAUAUUUUUUUAAAUUUUAUUUUGUCUUGUAAACCGUCAAUGGUAUUACCACCAUUUUUAGAAUAUGAUCCGUGCAUCUGUACAAUUGUUUUGUUUUGUUUUUUUGUUGUGGAUCAAAAUUUUACGAUAAUGUCUAAUAAAUUAUUUUAUAUACAUGGUAAAUUGGUAAAUAAUUAUAAUGAUGCAUGUAAUAUAUUUGUAUUGGUAAGAAGAAGAAUUUUUUCAAAAAAAAAAUGAAGAGUAAUGUGAAUUGUGGGAGAGAAUGAGACAAACUAUAAGUUAUAUUUUUACAUAGAUAUUUUGUGUAUAUUAUUGAUAUUCAUUAUUGUUUAUAAUGUUAAUAUGAAACAGAUAAGUUAAAAUAUUUAUAUUGAAUUGAUUGUGAAUUUAAUUUAGGAAAUGUUUUAUUAAUUUUGAAAAAGACAUGGAAAACACAUAAGUAAGAGUAGUUAUUACUUCAUUAAUUUUAGAAAAGACAAAAUUACUUAAAAAUAAGUUCAUUUAAUUAUUUCAAUGGCAUUAGGUUGUAAAUAUUGUGCAAAAUUAAGGGUUAAUCUUAAUUUAUACUUCUCUUUUAAUAGAUUAGAUAUAUAUGUUGGCUAGUCAUUUGCAAAAACAACAUUUGUUAAUAAGUUUGACCACUAACUGUUCUGUGUUCUUCCGUUUAAAUAGCAUGUUAUGUUAGUUGAUGAAAGCUCUUUUUGUUUUAGAUGAUAUCACACUAUAUAUUAAUUAAUUACGUGCAAGAAAAAUAGAUUUAUUUAUAUUUUUGCUACAAUGUGUUUUUUUCACAAACUUUUGCAAAUUAGCAUCUCUAAUACAGCCACCUACCUAAAUAAAUGUAUAAAAAUAAACAAAUGUCUGAAAAUAUGUAAAAGUUUAAUAGAAAACCAAAUAAUAUGAUAGGAAAUUCAAAAUAUCUAAAGAACUAGUCUAAAUUUUGAAACAUUUAACAGCAUAGUGAAAUGUGACAUUAAUUGAAAUAAAUUGACAUUAAUUCUGUAAGAAAAAUGGAUUUCUAGAAUUACAAUAUUUCCUUUUCUAAUUUUUCUGAUCUAAAUUUAUUUUUAAAGUUAAAAGCAUGAUUGCUUUAUAAAUUAGCUUUAUAAAUAAAAAUAGUUGUCUACAGUAUCUAGAGCUAUUGCCAAUCAACCCCUAAAUAUAAAUUAGUGUCAGGUAUAUAAUUAAUGCUAAGUUUUGGUCUUAGGCUACACAUAUAUUAAUAUCAAUUACCAAAUUGGGUUUUCAUCGAAUCUGGUUUGAUGGUACAACUACAAUCCGUAAGUCUCAUCAUCUUCAUGUGUGUAGAAUGUGAACACACACUAUACAUCAAAUUUUGACCUUUUUUUCCCCAGAUGCGCUCGAAGACUCUGUAAUCGUAUGACAUCAUUAAUUAAUGUUUUAAAAAUCGCUAGGCGGUGGCUAAGCAUUUUAUAGAUGAUUGUUGUUUAGGCGGGUGCGUAAUUGAUUUUUUAAACGUUUAGACCAUUUUUUUUAAUAAAUCAGUUUGAAAAAAAUCGUUUCGUUCAUAUCCGAUUUGCCGACUAGGCGAACGCCUAGGCGUCGUUUAGUCCGAUUUUUAAAACCCUGUUAUUAAUAUACUUAAUUUCUAGAAAAUUUAGAAGCUUUAUCUAGUGAACAAAAGAGCAGGGUAAGCCGUUUUAUAAUGUGGGGAUAUAGUUUACCGAAUUUUGGUGGAUAAAUGUGCCAAACAUCAAUUAUAACUUGCUCUGUUUUGUGGUAACAUAUUUUGCUGGUUUGGAAGGGAUGAUACAAAUUUUGUAUUUUGUAUAAAAUAGAUAACCUUUUAAAUAAGGAGCAAAUAAGUUAUUUUUAUACAAUAAAUACAAAUAAUAUUAAAUAUCUAAAUAAUAAUAAUUACAUUAAUAUAGAUGCUCAUGUAAUUUUAACUGGAGACCAACUAACAAUAAAUAAACACAUCCGAUGCAAAACUGUUAAUUAUGUUUUUUUUUUAAAUUAUGUUUAUUACUCCUUAUGUAACCAAAUUAAAUAACUUGUUUUAAUUAGUUUGAUGACUACACGUGUGGCUUUAGUGAUAAAUCACGUGGUAUCUUUUUUUUUUUUUUUUGGUAAAAUGUUAAAAUUAUAUUACCAAGCUUUUCAUUUUUUACAGAAGGACAGAGGAAACAAGAAACAGAAUGCAGAAAAUAAACUAAACAGAGCAUCUUGAACAAGCCUAUUCUAAGAAUACAGACUAAAGUCCUUCAAGCGAACUGGAGAUAGCAAAACGUUAAUGCCCCAAGAGAAGGAAUGAGAGGAGCGAGACCCCGGUUGCCGCGAGCUCCCAAAGAGAAAGGCGGCUCAAACCUUGAAGCAACGGGAUAACCUACAGCUUCCGAGAGACCCAAUCAUCAAGACCAUCACCGAGAAAUGCAUCCACGAAACAGCUAGCCCGUUCGAAAUCGCCUCACCGACAGCACGAAGAGGAGUCCACAAAACAGGCGGUGCCGUCGUUCGGAACAGAGUGUUGGAGAUUGCUGUCACCAACCCUCCAACUCCGGGACCGUAUACACCCAUUUAACCCACCACACACGUAGAGUAAUAGGACAUGUCGGGCACACCUCCUCCGGAAGAAGCGACAUUCAAAGUAGCCAGUGCUCGAGUGCUCAACUAGCCCUUGAAGACACAAAAGACCGGCCUGCAAACACAGAAUCAACCUCCACCAGAUGACAAUUAUUAUGGGAGAAGAGAGCGAAGAACGCGUUGCCACAGUCAUGGGCCUGAAACCGGAAGACAGAGACACCAUAAGAGACGCGGAUGCAGUCUCGUGGCUCGACACGCGCUGCCACAGAGCCUCCAAGCCCGGGCGACAACACCGAGAAAGGAAGCUCUCCACACGCACCCACGACUGAGAACCAGUCACAGGAUCUUCCAGUGUCAGGCGGAACCGGACGAACCAAGAAACCGAGACACAAUCCAGGCCAAGCAGAGACCUCACGGGCGGAGGUAAAACAAUGAAGAACCGCUGGGAAAGGAACCUCACCAAGACUCCACGCGCCAUCGAACUUUUGGUUGGAACCCUAGGUCCGAGAAAAAUGUUGGCGAUACACCGGAGAUCCGAACAGACGGGAGAAAAGAUCGACGCCGGUUCAAGCACUUUCUUCUCCACCGCCUCGGUACCUACAGAUCUACAGGGAUUUCCAACGAAGAGACUCAGGAUGCCAACCACCCACGAAACCCGACUCCAUCGGCUUGCCCUAGCUCGAAAGCGUCGCCGUCACACCAGAUCUGUCACCACAGGAACCAAGCCUCACGGAUCCACCGCGAAUGGAGACGAGACUUGAGGCGGCGAGAACAGAACAAGGGCUUCGACAAAGACCGCAAAGAGGAGGAGACGAGCCGGUGGAGCAAAGAGGAAAAAAGGAAAGGAAGCUCCCGACGACGGCCUACGGAACCACCGCCGUCGGAGCUAAAGGAACGAGGCGGCUGCACUAGGGUUUUCGCUAGGAAGGAGAUAAGGGAGAGAAAAAGGCGUUUUUUUGAAAUGAGAAUAUAUGUUUUCUCUGAUAUAUGAAUCACGUGGUAUCUUUGUCCAUGCAUAAGUGGACUUUCUUCUAGUUCACUCUUCGAGAGAUUUAAUUUACGUUUCACUAAAAAUAAGUCAGUUUUAUUUAUAACAUUUUUUUCGUAUUCUUGAAAUGUAUGUUGAACCUAUAUCUUCUCAUAUUCUAUAAUGCUAUUUUUUCGAAAUGCAAAUGCCCUGUAUUUUUCAAAAAUAUAUAUUUUCGUAAGACAUUUGCAUUACGAAAAAUACGAAAUGCCCCUGUAUUUUCCAAAAUAAUAUUCUUUCUAAUACUAUAAAAAUACAUUUUUCUUAGCGAGAAAAUUGAUCUACAUGAAUAAGAAAAGAUCAGAAGAACGAAGAGAGUAGAAUGGGAACGUCUUCUAGAGGGUGAGUAUUAUAGGUUUUUUGAAAAAGGAUUUAGUGGAUGUUGGCUGGAUAUUAAAAAAAAAACAAGUACAUGCACCAUAUUAUCGGAUUGUGCAAAACUGAAAUUUGUUUAGUCGUCAAUACAAGCAGAAACUACUAAAUUCCUUCGAUGUUUUGAAAAUUAUUUUGUUACAUAUGUUAAAUCAGAAGAAACUAUUCAACUAGGAUUUUGAUGUGAUUUACAUUAAAAUGAUAAAUUUAUUAUUAUUCAAACGUGAGUUUAAAAAAUAUUUUAAAAUUUAAUGUUAUUGACUUUGUUAUUUAAUAAAAUAUUAUAAAAUUUAUUAUUAUUGAAUAAAAUUUAAACUGUAGAUUUUAGAGCUUUUAAGCAUUUGUAGUGUUUAAGAAUAAUUUCUUGAUUAUUAAAAUACAAAUUAAAACCUCGUAAUUUAAGAUAAGAUUUUAAAAUAGUUUAACAACAACCAAAUUAGAGUUUAGCAAAUUCUCAAACUCAUUUAUGAACAAAAUUUCAAAAUAGUUUAACAAAAUCAAAACCAAAUUAGAGUUUUUGAAUGAAGCCAAAAUCGUUUAUGAACAAAAUUUAGAAGGGUGUAUUCAAUAUAAUAUUUGAGUUGAUUUGAUUUUUAAUGAAUUUUUAGAUGAUUUUAAUAAGUUGCAGAGAUUUAGGUGAUUUUUGUUAAAGUACUCUAUAAUAUAACCUAAAUCAUGGGAUUUGAGUUUUAAUUUUUUUUACUAAGUUUUAAUUUUUUUUACUAAGAAACUUCAUCCAAACACCCUAAAGUCAUCUGAAAACUUCAAAAUUCUAAAAUUAAAACUAUUUUCAAUAACAGUGGAUUUUAAAGUAUUAUAUGAAAUGUUAAGUUAAAUAACAGUGAAUUUUAAAUGAGUUUUUAAAAUUCAUGUUUGAAUAACAGUGAAUUUGUCAUUUUAAUUAAUACAAAUCACCUAAAACUCUCAGUUGAAUACACCCCCUUAUUUUUUCAUUACUACUGCUAAUGUAUAACAACACUAUUGUUAAAAUGCCUUAAUGGUUUUUUGGUUCUAUUUAUAGUGGCUGAGUUAUUUAGUUAUAAUUUCUAAUAUAAUACAUAUUUUUACCGUAUCAACAAGUUGGUUUAAUGUAUUCAUUGGCACAUGUGAAGGAUAUCUGGAAACUAAGAGUAUUUAAACUAAAAUUUUAAAUCAAUCUAUAGGUUUAUUAUUAUUAAAUAUAUAAGACAAAAAUAAUUUAGUAAGAGAUAUGCAAUAUGUUUAGCAAUCAAAAGUUUUAUAGAAAAAUCUCUUAAUACCUUACUUAAUUUCUUUUGGGCAACAACACUUUAUACCACGAGCAGUAAUUUACUGUUUUUAAAUUUUCAAAUAUUUUUAAUUUAUGUUUUGAUGUUAUUUAAUAAAUAAAGAAAUUCGACACAAUGCAAUAAAUUUUUGAAGAAAAAAAUAUUUUUUUCUUUUUUCAAAAAAAAAAAAAAUCUUUUCUUAAUAUGAUAUCAAAAAGAUUUGUUUCCUAAUAAGAAAAUUUGUCUUAAUGACUUCCCGCUUUUAACCAUAAUGCAUCAAAAUUAUUUAGUAUUAAUUUGUUUUCUACGGGUUUUCAUGUAAUACAAGGCUGGUUUAUAUCAUUUUCUAACUGUACUUAUAAAUACAUCAAAAUUAUUUAGUAUUUACUAUUACUCUCUGUCUCUAUCUCUUACCCAACUCUAUAUAUAGUUUCUCUUUCUUGGUUUUUCUUAUCAUCGAACUUUCUUUUCAUCUCCUCUCUCUAUUCUCUCGCCCUCUCGCUCUCAGUCUUCAGACCAGAAACAAAGAUACAGUCAGUGUCUCAAAAUACCAUGGUUUCUCUGCUUACAAUGUCGAUGAGUGGUGCUCAAACAUGGCCUCAGGCCCAUACUGAUUUAGGCUUUGGGCCCAUCAAAAGACAGCCGAAGAUUAAAUGCACGGUGCAUAUCGACGUAACGGAAUUACCCUUGAAACGGCCUUCAUUCACACCCAGAACCACCGCGACGCCACCGCGGCAUAAUCCUCUCCGGCUAAACAUUUUCCAGAAAGCGGCGGCGAUUGCGAUCGAUGCGGCUGAGCGCGUUUUAAUCUCACGUGAGCAAGAUACUCCUCUUCCCAAAACCGCUGAUCCACGUAUUCAAAUCGCCGGGAAUUAUUUUCCGGUACCGGAGUUUCCCGUCCGAGAGUGUCUCGACGUUGAAGGAACAAUCCCUGACUGCAUUGACGGAGUUUAUGUCCGUAACGGCGCAAAUCCGAUGUUCGAGCCUAUCGCUGGGCAUCAUUUAUUCGACGGAGACGGAAUGGUUCACGCCGUUAAAAUAACUAACGGUUCAGCAAGCUACGCAUGCCGGUUUACUAAAACCGAGAGAUUGAUUCAAGAAAAACGAUUGGGUCGACCGGUUUUUCCGAAAGCAAUCGGCGAGCUUCACGGCCACUCGGGAAUCGCACGUCUGAUGCUUUUUUACGCACGUGGGCUUUGCGGUCUCGUCAACAAUCAAAACGGCGUCGGAGUAGCAAAUGCCGGUUUGGUUUACUUCAAUAACCGGCUUUUAGCAAUGUCAGAAGACGAUUUACCGUACCAACUAAAAAUAACUCAAACCGGCGAUCUCCAAACCGUUGGGCGUUACGAUUUCGACGGUCAGUUAAAAUCAUCGAUGAUCGCCCACCCGAAACUCGACCCGGUUACAAAGGAGCUCCACGCUCUAAGCUACGACGUCGUUAAAAAGCCUUACCUGAAGUACUUCAGAUUCUCGCCGGACGGCGUUAAAUCACCGGAGCUGGAGAUCCCGCUCGAGACUCCGACGAUGAUUCACGAUUUCGCCAUAACGGAGAAUUUCGUGGUGAUUCCGGAUCAGCAAGUCGUGUUUAAGCUAGGGGAGAUGAUCGCCGGAAACUCUCCGGUGGUUUUCGACGGCGAAAAGGUUUCGCGAUUGGGGAUAAUGCCGAAAGACGCGACGGAGGCUUCCGAGAUAAUCUGGGUGAAUUCGCCGGAGACAUUCUGUUUCCAUCUUUGGAACGCGUGGGAAUCGCCGGAGACGGAGGAAGUGGUGGUGAUCGGGUCGUGUAUGUCGCCGGCGGAUUCUAUCUUCAACGAGAGAGACGAGAGCUUGAGAAGCGUCUUGACAGAGAUCAGGAUAAACCUCAGGACGCGUGAAGCCACGCGACGCGCGUUGCUGGAGGACGAUGUGAAUUUAGAAAUCGGUAUGGUUAACCGGAACCGGUUAGGUAGAAAAACCCGGUUCGCGUUUCUGGCUAUCGCUGAUCCUUGGCCAAAAGUUUCCGGUUUCGCUAAGGUUGAUCUUUUCACCGGAGAAAUCGAAAAGUACAUUUACGGCGGCGAGAAGUACGGUGGAGAACCGUUUUUCUUGCCCAGUGGCUCCUUUGACGGUAACGGAGGAGAAAAUGAAGAUGACGGCUAUAUAUUCUCUCACGUUCACGACGAAGAGAAAGAGACGUCCGAACUUCAGAUUAUUAACGCCGUUAAUUUAAAGCUUGAAGCUACGAUUAAACUACCGUCUAGAGUACCGUAUGGGUUUCAUGGUACAUUUGUGGAUUCAAGUGAACUCGUGGAUCAAUCAUUAUAAUUAUUGUACUUGUUAAUGAUUUUAAAAAGUAGAUGAUAUAGGUUAAGAUUCUAACAAUUUGUACCAGUUUUAUAACGAAUGGUUAGAUUGUGUAUUGCCUUUUGUCUGGACGUGAUACAAUUCAAAAUAAACAUAUAUAUGAAACAAGAAUGAAAAACCA